AUUUAUUGACCUCUCACGAACAAUGUCAAGUUGAUAUUAUAUGUUAGGGAGCUCUUCCACCGAACACGGAGUGCCUUCAGCUUUACCCUUCUUUGGAGGAGCCACCACUGGACAGCCUAUCCCUCUUCCAAUGGAGCCGGAGCUCGAGGCCAGCCGUCGAUCCAAGCUGGAUCAGAUCUUCCACGUCGAAUAUGUGAUCCUGUACCGCUUCCAGGAUGGAGACCAAGCAGAGGCGAUACACCAGUUUAAGCGGUUGGUAAAGGCCCUUGAUUACAUCGGGCUGGAGACCGCCGUGAGGCCCGCCGGCGAGGGCACGCUCUUUGUAUUUGUCAAGGCGAGGGAGGAUAGUCUCAACAAGGCCAUCCACAGAGGAAGAGUUCGCGAUUGGCUCUACGGUGUUCGCCAGAUCCAGCCCGGCUCAGACGAAGAAGGCACCAAACAAGAGCCCACCGAGGCCGAGCGGCUACGCAUCAUCUACCACAUGAUCACCUGGCCACGCACCGAUGGCGGUGUGGGCAUAACUCCUAAAUACGGCGAUUGGAAGCAUGUCGAGGCCGUGUUCCCUCUACACGAUAAAGAUGUCAACAAGGAGUGGAUAAUGGACUGGAGCCGCAAGACUCUCCUCAGCCGCCACGACCUCGACCAGAUCCGCGCCAGGCUCGGAGAGAGGGUUGCCUUCUACUUUACCUUUCUGCAGGCGUACUUCACCUUCCUGAUCUUCCCCGCCGCCUUUGGGGUCGCCUGCUGGGCCUUGCUGGGCCAAUUCUCCGUGGUUUAUGCCGUCGUCAACUCGCUGGCUUGCCUGGUGUUUGUCGAGUUCUGGAAGAGACAGGAGGUGGAUCUUAAGCUGCGAUGGCAGGUGAAAGGCGUCUCGGCCAUCAAGGCGAAGCGACGCCAGUUUAAGCACGACAAGGAGGUUAUUGAUUCGGUCACCGGUGAAAAGAUACUGGUAUUUUCGACCAAGACUCGACUUCUGAGGCAGCUCUUGCAGGUCCCGUUUGCUCUUGCGGCCGUGCUGGCAUUGGGCACGCUGAUCGCGUUUUGCUUUGGCAUCGAGAUCUUUAUCUCCGAGAUCUACUCUGGGCCGCUCAAGGCGUACCUGGCGUUUAUUCCUACGGUGAUCCUUUCGCUGAUGGUUCCAACCAUCAGUGGAAUUCUCACCAAGAUCGCCACCGAGCUCACCGACUACGAGAAUUACGAGACGCAAGACAGCUACGACGUUGCGUUGACCCAGAAGAUCUUCGUUCUCAACUUCAUCACCUCGUACUUGCCGGUUUUCCUGACGGCGUUUGUCUACGUUCCGUUCGCCCAGAAGAUCGUUCCGUACCUUGAUGUGUUCCACGUCGCCGCUCCUCAACUCGUAUCCAAAGAGGGUCGAGCAAGAGUGGCGGAGUUCCAGAUUGACAGAAGCCGGCUUCGGCGCCAGGUGAUAUACUUCACCGUCACCGCUCAGAUAGUCAACUUUGGGCUCGAGGCCGUGAUGCCUCACGUCAAGCGUAGAGUGCUGAAUAAGUACAACGAGAUGCAAGCAGAGAAGAAAGAGAACCAUUCGAAGCAGGAGAGCGGUCCGAUCCAGGACGCUCCGGCGGAGGCAGACUUCCUCGCUCGGGUCCGAAAGGAAUCAGAGCUCAGCGAGUACGAUGUCACGACGGAUCUUCGCGAGAUGUGUGUGCAGUUUGGGUACCUGAGCCUCUUCUCGCCGGUGUGGCCGCUGGUCCCUCUAUCUUUCCUGAUCAACAACUGGAUCGAGUUGCGGUCGGACUUUGUCAAGAUCUGCAUCGAGUGCAGACGGCCAGCUCCGGUGCGGUCGGACACCAUCGGGCCGUGGCUCGACUCGUUGGGGUUCCUCGCGUGGCUGGGGAGCAUAACCAGUGCAGCGCUGGUGUACAUGUUCUCGGACGGGGAGACGGGGCCGGACGGCGGCCCGUCGCAGAUCAAGGGGUGGGCGUUACUGCUGACGAUAUUCUUCUCGGAGCAUCUGUACCUGCUUGCGCGACUGGGGGUGCAGAUUGCGUUCUCCAAGAUCGACACGCCGGAGACGCGACACGAGAGGGGCCAGCGGUACAGGGUCCGAAAGGCGUACCUGGACACGAUCCUACCGGAGCAGGACGGGGCGGCGGAAGUGGCGGAAGGACGGGAAGACAAUGCAGAGUCAGCAGUCGGGGGGGAGGAAGGAGCGCAGAGGAUAACGCGGGAGUCCCUGGAGGAAGACGCCAGGCGGUUCAGCCAGCAUUCCGCCAGCGCGGCGGACAUGUUCUGGGCGCGGCAGCGGGGGUGGAAGGAGUGUGCGCAGGUUGGGGUUAGUCUCAUCCAGGCGGGCUACACCGCAUCGCUAAAGGAAAAGAAGAGCCAGUGAUGUGAAAGCGAGGGAGUUUAAAAUGCAUCUUUUGGGAGUGUAUAGUUUGUGUCCGUAGCCACACAUUUCGGUUUAAAUCUUGCUUUCCAGCCAAUUUACAUAAAAAUCUCUCACCCUCUAUACAUAUACAUAUAUACACAUAUAUAUAUAUAUAUGGAUUGCUCGGAGUUGG